AUGCGAGGAUCAUUAUUUUAUUUGCUAAGUUUAGCAACGCUAAUUGUCAAAACUGGUGCUGUCACAACUUGUAAUGCAACUAAAUCAUGUCCUGAAGACUUACCAUGUUGUUCGCAAGGUGGUGAAUGUGGUAAGGGUAAUUAUUGUCUAGGUGAUUGUAACCCAUCCUUCUCCUUUGAUAUAGAUUCAUGUAUGCCAGUACCAGUUUGUAAAGAUAGUUCUACAAAAUUUAAUGGUUAUUCUUCUAAGAUGCUAAAUGAAUAUACUUAUUUGGGUAAUGUCAGUAGUGCAGAAUGGUUAUAUUCUGGUAACGUUAUUGAUUAUGAUGAUGAGGAAAGUUUAAUUUUAGCAAUGCCCAAAAAUAGUGGUGGUUCGCUGUUAACAUCUACAAGAGCCUUAUGGUACGGUAAAGUCAGCGUAAGAAUGAAAGCAUCUCAUUUAGCUGGUGUUAUUACAGCUAUGACAUUAUUUUCUGGCGUCCAAGAUGAAAUUGAUUACGAAUUUGUUGGUGCCGAUAUAGAAAAAGUUCAAACUAAUUAUUAUUGGCAAGGUAGCCUGAAUUGGACUAAUAGUGCCAAUAUCACAGUAGAUGAUGUUUUUGAUAACUAUCAUAUAUAUGAAAUUGACUGGCACGAAGAUCAUAUCACUUGGUCUGUCGAUGGUGUAGUAGGGAGAACGCUAUUUAAAAAUGAUACUUAUAAUUCGACGACAAAAGAAUACCGUUUCCCUCAAACGCCUUCAAAAGUCCACUUAUCUAUCUGGCCAGGUGGGAAUGCAACAAAUGCACCAGGUACCAUUGCAUGGGCUGGUGGUGAAAUCGAUUGGGAUUCUACAGAUAUAACUGAAACAGGUUAUUACUAUGCUAUUCUAAAUGAAGUCAACGUGACUUGUUAUGAUCCACCAUCAGGUACUAAGAAGAAUGGUACUAAGGCAUAUAAAUAUGUUGAUACAGACGGUUUUUCAGAGAAAAGUGUUAUGAUCACAGAUGAUGAAGUCAUGUUAGGAUCUUAUAACGGUACAGGUAACGAUCCGAUGUUAACAACUUCAAUAAGUGUGUCUUCUAGCAGCUCAUCUUCAUCCUCUUCAUCCUCCUCCUCUAGUUCUUCGAGCAAAACUUCAUCGCACUCUUCUUCUAAAUCCAGCACAUCCUCAUCCAGGACUACAUCAUCGUCAUCAUCAUCCACUCCUAGAAGUUCUUCACAAUCGUCAGCUUCUUCAGUAACAUCAACAGGGAAUAGAGCUGCCACUGACAUAGCUAGUCAAAGUAAUUCUUCUUCAUCAAGCGCCACCAGCUCACAAAAUAAUGCUUCCGUGAUUAAUGUAACGAACUUAUUGACAAUUUUCAGUGUGAUCGUAGGUUAUUUAAUUUAA